AUGAGGAGAACUUUGGGGCAUUGCGGAAGUUUGCCUACUCCUGGCAUCGGUGGCGUCUUGCAGCGAGUCGUCAAUUUUUGUGGCGUCAAGCCCCCAAGGCCCAAACUAAAUAAGACUGACACCAACGUGGUGGGAGGAUGCAUCAGGGAGGUGCUAGUAGUGGUGGCAGUCCUCAUCAUCAGGCCGAGCGAUGUUGAACUCGACGUGGCGGAAGCUAAAUUACUGGCGGCGAAGGCCGAGAAAUUUGGCCAUAAAAAUGGCGGCCGACGGAAGGUCGACAAUGCGGGAGUAGUGGUCCAGACCACGACAGCCGAGGGGGCCAAGAGACUUAGGAAUGGGAACCGCAUUCCUUCGAAUGAACCAACUCUUCGAGUGGAGGUCUCCAAGACCAAACCAUCUCAUGCGUGCCUGCGGAACCUGGAUGCCAACCUGGAGCCCAGUGGAAUCCCGAUGGCCUUGCAUGACCAGAACUUUAAAGGUUCAGACUGGACGGCUGAAAAGAUCCAAAAUCAGUGCAGGGUCUUUAAAAGACGCGGCUUCGAGGGGUCCACCACUGCUAUAUUGGAGUGGCAGGUCGUGGAGGAAACCGAUUUCAUUGCCGUCAACUGCUCUAACAAAUGUCAGCAGUACUGUCCAUCCAGAGUGUACAUCCAG